UUUCUUCGUUUCAAUGUUUGCUCCCUCCAUCGCUCGUAUCCUACAAGUAUAUAUAUAGAGACCGAGAGAGGAGACGAGAGAGAACCGGAAACCACCAACACCGACGCCUGUACGAUUCUCAUUGUUCGUCGGUUGAAUAGAUUGGAGAUCGAGCUCGCGGAUCGAUCCUUCUUGGACGAAAGGGAGCUCAUGAGGUGGCGGACCAUGGAGGAGGAGGCAGCAUUUUGACAUCGAGAGAUGGAUUCCGACAUUCUUCUUGACCAUGCAUUAUUCCAGCUCUCGCCAAGACGCUCGCGGUGCGAAUUAUUCGUAUCUGGAGGUGGGAAAACCGAGAAAAUUGCUUCAGGGUUUUUGAAGCCAUUCCUCGCCCAUUUGAAAGUAUCAGAAGAACAAUCUGCAGAGGCAGUUGAUUCGAUAAAGCUUAUUGUUGAUAGGAGGACGAAAGAUGGAACAUGGUUUAAGAAAGGAACCGUCGAAAGGUUUGUUCGAUUCGUUGGUGAACCAGAGGUUCUGGAAUUUGUCAAUACAUUUGAUGCAGAAAUGUCACAGCUGGAAGGGGCCAAGAAAAUAUAUUUGCAGCCUCAUAACCUUCCUAUUCAGAACUCAGGAGUUCCAGUUUCUGGUUCAAUGGGUGAAAAUGGAACAACUACAGAAGCAUCUGUGGAUAUAACAAAGAAUGAGCUUCUUAGAGCCAUUGAAGUGCGGCUUGUUGCAGUUAAGCAGGAUCUGACCAAAGCUUGUUGUUGGGCAUCAUCUAAUGGGUUUACCCCUAAAAAUGUCUUAGAGCUUCUUCAUUUUGCAGAUUAUUUUGGUGCAGAUCACCUAAAUGAGGCAUGCACUAAAUUCAUUUCACUUUGCCAAAAGCACCCUGAUCUUUUUAGUCUUCAGCACCUGCCUUGGUCACUGCCUCUGCCACUUAAAAGCCUUGGCAUCUCAUCCUCCUCUGGCUCAGAUGUCUUACUAGAUGAGCCAGAAGAUGAGCCCAAGGUUGGUGGUAAACCACCUGACGGUGGGGGUCUUCAUCUCCACAAGCACAACAAUAGCCAACCGGCACAGAUAAAUACAGCAGAGUUGCUGUGCCCAUAUCCACAACUCAAACCUAUCCAGCAGCAUUUUGUGGAUAGAACUGUUGGGAACGUGGUUGACUCUAUUCCUGCUGCAUCAUUCACUAAGCCAGCUCAACGGGAUGAAGGAGGCUCUAGGCGUCUUAGCGUGCAGGAUCGCAUCAGUCUCUUUGAGAGCAAGCAGAAAGAACAGUCUGUGAGUUCAAGAAAUAUCAGCACUAUUGUUGGAAUUAAGAGGGUAGUGGCAGGAAAAGGAGAACCUAGGAGAAUCCCUUCUGAUGUCUCAGAAAAGUCAGUAUUGAGGAGAUGGUCUGCUGCUAGUGACAUGAGUAUAGAUCUUAGCAGCAGCAGUUGUAGCAGCUUCAAUGAUGAGAAAGACGGUGGGAGUGCUUCUGGAACUCCUACAUCUGCAAACUUGCAGUUUCAAUCCAGCAAUAGAAUCCAAGAGGGAGUGACCAGUGGGUUGACAGAUACAAUGACCGUGCAGUCUCAGUUGAGUCCUAAAGCAUGCAUAGCCAUCACACCUUGCCAGUUUCAUCCCCAUUUCCAAACUCUAUCUAAAGAUAGAGAUCAUGCCAAGGAAGAAGUUGACAAGACCCUGAUGACCCCAUCAGAACCUGCCUUUCCUAAGGAGCAGAUCAAGCAUAUAAUACCUGCUUGCCAAAGUGGUAAGAUUCUUUGUCAAUUAAAUAAUCAAGAUGUUUUUGGCACCCAACAAGAUGGCUUUUUGGAAUCAGGUAAUUGUGCUGGAUUGAAAUGUCAUGCCGUCCGUCACCCACAGUUUGAAACCACCUCAGUGGAUUAUGUCCAAGCAAACAACCAUGUGAUUUUGCAAGCCACAUCACAAUCUGUAUUAGCAGCAGAGGAAAAAGCAGGGCUGAGAGAUCAAGAAAGUUCCAGGACUCGAACUGGGAAGAUCUCCUCACAUCCAGAUGGUGUUCGAGUGAAAUAUCAACCAACAUUAUCUACCCAACUCCAAAUUUUUGCAAAAAAACCUGAUGAUGCUCAAGUGGGAACCCAAGAUCCAUCAGAUUUUCAGAUUAACUCAAGAGCUAUAUCAGGCAUAUAUUUGGAGUCCCACCCCCAAUGGGCACCUCUAAGUAAACCAGUGGGAGCUGAUUCGAGUGGAACAGUUGUUUCUGAGCAACCUUUUGGUCCCAUUCUAGUCAAGGAAAAAGGAGAUUUGGGUCACCUAGGUAUAAAUUUCAAGGAUCAAUCAUCGUCUUCUGAUUGUCCAAACAAGUUUCAGAGUGAAACAACACACUCUGAAAGAUAUAGUUUGCCUGUUUUUCCAGUGAGGGAUGCAAAAGAGUGCAUGGAGUUACUUGAUCCACCUUCUACGUGUUCAGCAGAGCAGAUUCAGAUGGUGAGUUCACUUGAAGGAGGAAAUCAAAAGCUGAACAAUGAACUUCAAAUGAAGGCUAAUGAAUUGGAAAACCUUUUUGCUGAACACAAGCUCAGAAUUCAGAAGGAUCAGGCAACAACCUUUCAGAGGAGUUCAGAUGCCCACAAAGAUCAUGUAAAGGCUUUGGAGAAAGGACAUGCAAUUCCAGUUCAAUUGCCUGAGAGGAAGUUUGUGAAGGAAACUUCCAAGAAGGAAGUUGAAUUUGAUGCUAAUUUGCUGUCAAAUAUGGUAAAUAAUAGGAAAUUUGAUAAUAACAUAUGCCAAGGAUUUGACAAUAAAUCAGAUGAUUUUAGAGGGAAAUUCUAUGAUAAAUAUAUGCAAAAAAGGAAUGCAAAACUAUUAGAAGAGUGGAAAUCAAAAAGGCCUCAGAAAGAAGCAAAGAUGAAAGCAUUGCGUGACAACCUAGAACAUACUCUGGCUGAGAUGCGAGCUAAAUUUAUAGGAUCUGCUAAUGGACAAUAUUUGAGAUCUUUUAGCUGUUCUUCAGUUUUAUGAAACAAAUAUCAGAGGAUCUGAAGACUACUGAUGAUAACAAGAUCAGAACAUCUGUACAAAUUAAUACUUUACAAGAAAUGUCCUGCUGUGAUUUAUCCAGUGAUGAUUUAUCCACUGAUAUCUAUUCUAAAGGCACUUUCUCCAAGAUGCUUUGAUGUGCUACAAAUUUGUCUUCUCCACCCAUCAAACAUCAAUAGCAUCAACCCAUAAUCUCGGGUCAGCCCCCAUAAGAUCCGGUACCCAAAAUGAAAACCCUUUUGCAGAAGCAGCUCCUAAAUUAUCUGACUUCUGAGGGAAAAACACAAAGUCAUCAUCAUUAAAUAGCAGAAUAACUACAUGAGUGCAGCAAAGAACCUGUAUUUGGAGCAAGAGCAUCACUGAAGAACCUUGCUAAUGAGAACAAGCCACAUAAAUCACAAUCCAGAGAAAGGGAGUCCCGCCAAGGAUCCUUUCAACUCUGAUUUCUGAUAAUGGAUAUUCCAAGGAGCAAACUAGGCUAGUUUCUGUAGAAGUUCAGAAAGGUGCAGUAUUCCAAACUCCAAACCACUUUUGAGUCAAUAUUGCUGGCCCUGAUUCAGAGGCUGGUAUGACUAAAUUUAAAGAUUAUGCUUUCUGGGUUACACAAGAAUUGAAAGGAUCUCCAAAAUGUAAUUGAUCAGGAAGAUGAUUCACCUGACAUGAUUAAAAAUGAAGAAGAAUUGAAGAGAAAAUUUUCUGCAGGGAAACUUGGCCUCAUCAGUUCUCAUGUUGAGUUAGACAACAAGCCAAGGCACAUGCAAGAAUUUGGAACUUAGUUAUUUUGGGAUCUGUCUCAAAGGUGGAGUAUGAUACUGGUUUUGUUUUGCCACACAUGCAAGAAUUGGGAAGUUAGUUACUUCAAAUUUGUCUCAAAAGUGGAAUAUGAUACUAGUUUUGUUUCACCCAUGUCUGCUAUUUUAACAGGAAACAUACAAGAGUCACUAGAAGGUGCUUCAUCAUGGAUACAUCAUAAAUUUUCUUAUGCACAUGAGGCAUCAGAUAUUGAAGCUUAUGUAGAUUCACUUGUAGGAAGUUUGGCUUCAUGGAAUUCCCACUUGUUGAAUCAAAUGGACUCUGAUUCUUUUCCAAUGAGAGAAUCAAGGAAGUGCUUAGUUUCUCAUUGCUGCUAAUGCAUCCCAGCUAGGACACAUGGAUUUGGAGGAAGAAUGGGUAUGUAAGGGGGGGGGGGGCGCCGCGGGUGGCGGAGAGAGGAUGCACGGGGUAUGUCUCAACUCUCAACAAUUUUUAAAGGUGAUGACAACACAGAUGGUUGUGAUGUAGCAGCAGAUCCAUGCAAUGGCUUGACAAAGAGAAUGGCUACCUUUCUGCAAAUGAUGGGUCCAAUUGAGUUGAGAGGGUAUAAAUGAGCCAAGCUAGUGGGAACUUGCUUAUCUGAAGCUCAGCGUAAUGCUUGUGGAGGCUUAAAUUAGCUGAGAUGGUAAGACCAGUCUAACGUAAAACUACUCCAUCCAUUGAUUCUAGCUCAGGCGUUGUAAUUUAACGUCAAGCUUACCCCAAGCUGCUUAUGUUAAGCUUUCUAAAGGACUGCCAGCAAACUGGUGUCACCUGUGGACCUUUCAUUCAUUAAUCUUUAUAAGAUAUUAUGACAUAAUUUUCUUUCGCAGGACAUAAUACUAAUAGAAACAAAAUAUUUUUUAGAACAAUUAGAAGGGAGUCUGACGCAUAUGACUUUCACCAUUAAGGGAUCUGGUGAUAUUUAGAAAUGUUAUCAGUAGUAGCGUGGUAACCUUGGUAUUCCAUUAAAGCUUGAACUCACGUCAAAUUAAAUGAAUGCCAUGUACUAAAUUUUCUAGAUGAAGAACCUCUCGUCAAAUUAAAUGUCAAGCCUGAAAUGAGUAACAAGCUUGAUCUUUUCAUUACUGCUGGUGUAAAUGUUGGUUUAGCUUUCACAUGCAUAUUAGGAGAGAUUAUUAGGUUGUUUAGAUUGUGCUUUCUUUUCUGUUCAAGAAUAAAUGUAGAAUAAGAGUCCAAUGGAGGAAUUAGUUUAGACUGAUUCUAAUAAAUGUUCUUGUUAUAGUCUAUGUGACAGUUCUUUUUCUGUUUCUGGCUUUGUUACAACAUAGAUAGUUUUUGUUAAACAUCAUAAUUCCAUUCGUAUAUACCACAAACUUUUAUUCAUUGCAUGUGUGAGAUGCAAAUUGAUUGAUCCUAAUUCAAAUCCAGCUUCUGUUUUGAAUAUAUGUUGAUGAUUUUGUUUUCAAUGUGUUUCGUUUUAUUACCUUAAUUAAUUAGUUUAGCUGUGUUCUAGAAAAGAAAUAUGCAACUACAAGUUCUAUCGAUGUAAAAGAUUUGUACGGUUGUCCAGUCAUUAGUGUUAGAUUACAGAAGUGUGUCUAAUGAGUUUUGUAUGAUUACAUUUUUGCAUUAAUACGAGCAAAUUUAUCACUCAAUCAUAUACAAUAUAAACCUAAUUGGUAUAUUUAUUUACUAAUGAUAUUGUUUUAAUAGAUGAGAUUUUAAAUGAAACUAAUUCUAAAUUUAAGUUAUGAAGACAACCCUUAUAAAUUAUAUUUUAAAGAUAUUAGAAUUAAGGCUAAAUAUAUGAGAUGUAAAUCUUAAUGAUUACUGGGAGUAGGCUUUUGAGGUUAUAGUUAAGUUGGAUAUACAAAAAGUUUUAUUAAGUAAAAAAUCUUAAAUAUCUUGAAUUAUUUAUUUUGUAGAUAUUGAUAAAUAUAUUAUUCAUCAAUAGGUUUGUGAUUAAUAAAAAAAAAUGAGAUUGUUGUUAAAUCCAAGACAUUUUAUGAAUCUGACUGGGUAGUUAAAAAAAAAAACGAAUAUAAAGGGUUUGUACUGUUGAAAUAAGAAUAUUGAGAUAGAUGCUUGAAAUUAGUAUGAAAAAUAAGAAAACAAAUAUUUUAUGAUUUUUUUAUAUCUUCAUGUGCUAAGGAAAUCUAUAAAUGCUGUGGUUGGAAAAAUAUGCGCCGUCAAUCUGUACAAAAUUAGUACCCUCUUUCAUUCUUAUAAGCAGUCUACAUUCAUAUGAU